AUGUCUACGGUAGAAAAUCCCUACCGAACCUACGAAGCCCUCUGGGCCUCCCGGAUUAAGGUUGUCGGCGCACCUAAUAGCGCCAAGCUGCUCUUCAUGCCGGUGCAGGGCACCAUGCAGAGCGCCGUCGAGGUGCUCUCCGACCUAGGCGACCUAGACACGCGGACGCCCUAUUACGACCAGGCAGCGGGGACAUACCACCCUGUUAGCGCGCUGCCUAUCUCGGAGCCCAAGGUAUCGUCCAUCACUGUCAACGUGCCAGAGCUGGAGGACUGGGAGGAGAACUGGCUUAACUUGCACGAGCAGCACUCGGAGCCGGACGCGCCGGACGCGUUCCCCGAAGCGCAAUGGGGGAAGCUGAGCGGCAGCCAUGGCGACGAGGACGAGGACGAGGACGACGAGCCGCAGCUACUGCGCUGCUGCAAGCAGGACCGGCCGCGCAGUAAGAACGCCAAGCUGACGAUCAAGCCCUCUAAACCGUGGGACGGCCAGGACAGCGGCUUCGUUACCGUGCACGACUACGUGAGCGCGGUGCACCCGUGGCUGGUGCGGCUGCGGAACGAUAUCCUCCGCGCGAUGGGCACGGCGGACGGGCUGGACGAGCCGCUCGGGAACGAGAUGAACCUGGUAGCUAACUGCGACGCGCUGCAUAGCCUGAUGAUGGAACCGCGGAUAUCUUGGAUCGGGCAUAGGAAGGGGCUGUACGUCCGGGAGGCGAUCGGGGGCAAGCUCCGCACCAGUGAGAUUAUCACGUCCGAGUAG